AUUAACGGAAUACUGCAACCACAUAAAACCUAAGACUAAUCUUCACCGAUCCGAGGGAAUCCCCACAACCAAGGAUCUAAUCAGAUUAACAAUUUGAAGAUUGAGCAUUUAACUGAUUUAACUGACCAGUAGAUCGGUUCAUUGCAUCCGGACCUGCUAUUAAUAACGGGAUUAGGCGGUGUUUCCUCAGACACUUCUUCUUUCCGAGACCUUACGGGAUCCAUUAACAUGCUUUUCACCGAGGAAGACCUUUUCAUGUCUGAGUUCGAGGACGCGUGCAGCGCCUGGGUGGACAGCGUCGGCUCAGAGAACUCGAGCACCGACGGAACCGACUCGGACGUCGAAUCACCCUCACAACAAGGUUGUGUUUUUUCCCCGGGUACCGAUGGGUCUGAUUCGGAUUUCUUCUCAGACCUGAGCGAUUGUUCGUCAGACAGCAUUUCCCCGUCUCUAACCUUUACUGGGAGCUUCUACGCGGAGCCGGUACCGCCCUGCAGUACUGAAGCCCUGCUCAACAUGAUUACGGAGAUCGUGGGAAUCUGCACCGCGGAGGACCAGGCGACCAGCGGGUCCACCUCCCUUGCCGCCCCUGCCUCUACCGAGCUCUGCUCUCCAACCACCGAGCCUUCUUCUAGCAGCUAUUGCAACCCGGCUCUGGCCGAGAUUCCUGCUGUCCCUACCGGCGUAGUAAUGCAGACUCUCCCUACUGGUCCUGUGGUGGUCAAGACCGAGGUGAACAGCAGCUGUCACUUCUCCCACCCGGGUCCAGAUACCUUUCCCACGGGCAGCUUGGAGCAGCUCAUCCCGCUGUCUGGUCUGUCGCUGGACCACCAGGUGGAUGUCAAGGAUUUACUAGACUCUCUGCUGCUCACCGAAAUUAAGUCAGAGUCUGACAUUAAACAGGAGCCGUGCUUUAUGGAAGACUGGGCUCAGAACUACUCAGUACCGGCUAACGGAAGCUACGUAAACAACAGCUUCCUGGAACUCCAGACUGGGGUCUCAGCGCAGCAGCAGGAGGGCGCUUGCGGAGACCUGGCCGCCUUUACAGCUUCUCUGUCCUCCUCCUCUCUGGACGCUCUCCUCGCAUCUUUGCUCCCUGGUGCGUUCCCGAAGAGCAGGGGCGUGCACUCGACUGCAGGAGGGAGCAAAGCGACUUGCCAGUCUAGGACCGGGGCGGUGAAAGUGAAGCCGUUCCCGUGUCCCAUCACCGGCUGCGAGAGGCGCUUUUCCCGCUCAGACGAGCUCAACCGCCACGUGCGCAUCCACACAGGCCACAAGCCGUUUCAGUGCACAAUCUGCCUGCGCAGUUUCAGCCGGAGCGACCACCUGACCACGCACACGCGCACACACACGGGAGAGAAACCCUUCUCUUGCGAGGUGUGCGGAAAGCGGUUUGCACGCAGCGACGAGCGAAAGAGGCACGGGCGUGUGCACGUGAAGCAGCAGCUGAAAGCUCAGAUGAUGGCCGCCUACAACCUGGCCUUCCCGGGUGGAGUCUGAACUGUUCUUUAAAUCCAUAAAGUUGGCCUAGCGGCCCUGAGUUUCAAUCUGCUCGAUAGAAGACUUCGGUUGUUCCACUGGCUUCGGUUGGAUCCGUCUUCCCAGUAACGCUGGC